UUUAUCAUCCAAGGCGAAUACAUAUGAAUUGUCAUCCCAAAAUAAUUGCAAGUUGCAACACCGGCAAAUAAUAGAAAUACAAAUUUUGCCAGCAAAUUUGGCGACUUGAGGAUCUACAUAUUUUAUUUUCAGCAAAUUCUUUCAUUUAAAUUGCAAUAAUGUUACUUAAAGGAGGGUUAUUGGCAACAAAUGCAGUGAAGUCUCUAAUGAAACCCGCAUCCCUGCGAUUUACUGCCACCACCAGCAAUGUAAAGACCGCUAUUCUUAUGUUAAAUAUGGGUGGCCCGCAGCAUACGGAUCAAGUCCAUGAAUACUUGUUACGCAUUAUGACUGAUCGAGAUAUGAUACAGUUGCCUGUACAAAGCCAAUUAGGUCCUUGGAUUGCGCAACGGCGAACCCCCGAAGUACAAAAAAAGUACAAAGAAAUUGGUGGGGGCUCACCUAUUUUAAAAUGGACAGAUGUACAAGGAGAAUUAAUGUGUAAGGAGUUAGAUCGCAUAUCUCCAGAAACUGCACCACAUAAGCAUUAUGUGGGUUUUCGGUAUGUUAAUCCACUUACAGAAGAUACGCUGGUGCAGAUUGAAAAGGAAGCGCCCGAAAGAGUAGUGUUGUUCUCGCAAUAUCCGCAGUAUAGCUGUGCAACAUCUGGCUCCAGCUUUAAUUCCAUUUUUGCCCACUACCAGCAACAUUCCCUUCCAAAAAAUACAAGAUUUAGUGUGAUUGAUCGUUGGUCAACUCAUCCUCUAUUAAUUAAAACAUUCGCCGAUCGCAUACGAGAGGAAUUAAAGAAAUUUGGUGAGACAAAACGGAACGAUGUUGUUAUCCUUUUCACUGCACAUUCACUGCCAUUGAAAGCUGUCAAUCGGGGUGACCCAUACCCAUCAGAGGUGGGCGCCAGCGUGCAUUUGGUUAUGCAAGAACUAGGGAAAUCGAAUCCAUAUACUUUAGCUUGGCAGUCGAAAGUGGGGCCUUUACCGUGGUUGGCGCCGGCUACCGAUGACACCAUUAGAGCUUACGUAAAACAGGGUCGUAAGAAUUUUAUCUUAGUUCCAAUUGCAUUUGUGAAUGAGCACAUUGAAACUUUACAUGAAUUGGACAUCGAAUAUUGCGAUGAAUUGGCUAAAGAGGUAGGUGUGGAGGAGAUAAGGCGUGCUGCUGCACCAAAUGAUCACCCAGUUUUUAUUAAGGCCUUAAGUUCAAUAGUAGCGGAACAUCUAAAUGAUAAACAAACUGUAAACCCUAAGUUUUUAAUGCGUUGUCCAAUGUGCGUUAAUCCGCGGUGCAGAGAUAGCAAAGAUUGGUAUAGACAAGUGUGCGCUUAAUAAGCCUUCAAGCUUAGUUAUAACGGAAUUAUGAAAAGUUCAUAUCAGCCCGUUUAAAAUAAGUGUCACAAAUGUUGAUAUAAGAGACUAUUUCUGAUGUUGCCUUGAGUACCUUGAUUAUAAGAAAAUGUUACUGUUAAAUUUGAUUAAAAUGCCUUCAUUAAAAUCGCGACACUAGAAAUCACUAUACUCAAAGAUAAAA